AUGUCACCUCCUCGAAGUGCCGAAGAACUGCCCCGCACUGAAAGCUCUUCAACAGGCUUGAGCUCUUCGGAGGGCUCAAGCUCAGGCCUUUCAAAUCACGAACCCAGCAGCCCAAUAUCACGAUCGGUGACGAAUCUUGAUAUUGAAGCCAUUUCGCAGAUUGCGUCCGCAAAUCCUAUCCCAGGACGACAGAUAGACGGCCGAGGCACGCCGCUGCAUACCAUUGCAGAAGAUGACCCGGUACUCAACCCGACCAAGAAGGAGUUUGAUCCAUACGAAUGGGCUCGCACCAAACUAAAUCUGCUGGACGAGGAAGGUAUUUUGCGCAAACAUGCAGGGGUAGUGUUUAAAAACCUCAACGUCUCCGGGUCUGGCGCAGCGCUGCAGCUGCAAGAAGUGGUGAGCUCGGCUCUUCUGGCUCCCUUUCGGCCAUCCAGCUACAGGGAACUCAUCCAUUCAGCGCCCAAAAGACAAAUUCUGCAUGAAUUUGACGGGGUGCUGAGAAGCGGCGAGAUGCUCAUGGUUCUCGGUCGACCGGGUAGUGGCUGCUCUACGUUCCAGAAGACAAUCUGUGGUGAGCUACAUGGGCUCAACUUACACCCAGACUCCGUCAUGCACUACAACGGCAUUCCCAUGAAGAAAAUGCACGAAGAGUUCAAAGGGGAGUGUGUCUACAACCAGGAGGUGGAUAAGCAUUUUCCACACCUGACUGUUGGUGAAACACUGGAAUUUGCUGCAUCAGCCCGAACUCCAUCUCAUCGGUUGUCGGGUGUGUCUCGCAAGCAAUUUGUAAAGGAAACAACCCAAGUAGCCAUGGCAGUACUGGGUCUUUUUCAUACUUACAACACACGAGUUGGCGACGAUUACAUUCGAGGAGUAUCUGGCGGAGAACGAAAACGUGUCAGUAUCGCAGAGAUGGCUCUCGCACGAGCACCCCUUGCCGCUUGGGACAACAGCACCCGGGGACUUGAUGCUGCCAGUGCUCUGGAAUUCGUGAAAGCACUGCGAAUUUCGGCCGACCUCACAGGAAGCUGCCAUGCGGUAGCCACCUAUCAGGCAUCUCAAGCAAUCUAUGAUGUCUUCGACAAAGUGAUUGUCUUGUAUGAAGGUCGCGAAAUAUACUUUGGGCCUUGCAAUCAAGCAGAGAACUAUUUCUCUAAUAUGGGCUGGGAGAAUCCCCCUCGACAAACAGUCGGAGAUUUUCUUACAUCCGUUACCAACCCUCAUGAGCGCAAAGCCCGAGAAGGGAUGGAGAAAAGAGUUCCACGAACACCGAAAGAGUUUGAGAGCUACUGGAAAAGAAGCCCCGAAUACGCUGCACUUCUAAGAGACAUCCAACAGUACGAAAUUGAAUAUCCUCUGGGAGGCCAGGGGCAAGAAGAAGUGACAGCUGGGAAGCGCAUGGAGCAGGCAAAGCACGUUCGACCGAAGAGUCCAUAUCUCAUUUCAGUUCCAAUGCAACUCAAACUUUGCAUGAAGCGGGCCUAUCAAAGGAUAUGGAAUGACAAAGCUUCCACGCUAACCGUGCUUGUUGGUCGGAUUGUUAUGUCCUUGGUGGUUGCGUCGAUCUUUUUCGACACUCCAGAUGCCACUGCUGGAUUCUUUGCCAAAGGGUCACUCCUCUUUUUUGCUACCCUACUCAAUGCCCUGAUCAGUGUGACUGAAAUCAAUUCUCUCUAUGAUCAGCGUCCCAUUGUGGAGAAGCAAGCUUCGUAUGCGUUUGUUCACCCAUUUGCAGAGGCUUUCGGGGGGAUCAUGGCCGACCUACCUAUCAAGCUUGCGUCUGCAGUUUUGUUCAAUGUGACUAUCUAUUUCCUGGGAAGUCUGCGCUAUACUGCAUCCCAAUUUUUCAUCUUUUUUCUCUUCAGCUUCAUGUCGACGAUGAUAAUGUCCGCCAUGUUCCGUACUUUGGCCGCAUUGACAAGAAGCGUUGCCCAAGCCAUGGCAUUGGCUGGACUCUUGAUCCUCAUGCUUGUCAUCUAUGCAGGGUUCGUGGUACCCACGCCAGAGAUGCAUCCCUGGUUCUCGUGGUUACGAUGGCUAAACCCGCUGUUCUACACUUUUGAGAGCCUUAUUGCCAAUGAGUUUCAUGGGCAAAAUUUUGCAUGUUCUCAAUUUAUUCCUGGAUACCCAAGCUUAUCCGAUGACGCAUUUAUUUGCUCCGUGCCUGGAUCUACGGCGGGUUCAAGGAUUGUGUCUGGGGAUUCCUUCAUCUAUGCGCAAUAUCGCUACAGUUACAACCACGAAUGGAGAAAUCUCGGGAUUCUCAUUGGUUUCUGGGCAUUUUUUACUUGCGCAUAUCUCCUUGCUACCGAGUUCAAUUCUGCCACGUCCUCAACAGCUGAGUUUCUGGUCUUCCGUCGGGGUCACGUCCCUUCUUACAUGCGACCAACAACUGAGGAUUCCGAGAAAACUCCAACCUCCAACACGCUGGGAUUGGAGCCAUCAGCAGAGAGUGGAGAUCCUAUUGAUUUGAGCACAGUCAUGCCAGAGCAGCAAAGCAUCUUCACCUGGCGGAACCUUUGUUUUGAUAUCCCCGUCAAAGAGGGGCAACGCCGUCUUCUAGAUAAUGUUUGCGGCUGGGUGAAGCCAGGAACCCUCACAGCAUUGAUGGGCGUAUCUGGAGCAGGAAAAACCACAUUACUGGACGUUCUUGCCCAACGGGUGUCUAUUGGGGUAGUCACUGGUGACAUGUUGGUCAACGGAUCAUCUCUACCAGCAAGCUUUCAGCGACAAACGGGGUACGUGCAGCAGCAGGAUCUUCACCUCGCAACAUCUACUGUACGUGAGGCUUUGAGAUUUAGCGCAAUGCUCCGGCAGCCUAAGCACGUCUCCAAGGCAGAGAAGUAUGCCUAUGUGGACCAAGUCAUCAGCAUGCUAAAUAUGAAGGACUUUGCGGAGGCCGUUGUUGGUACACCGGGAGAAGGCCUGAAUGUGGAGCAGCGAAAGCUACUCACCAUCGGAGUUGAACUUGCGGCCAAGCCACGACUUCUCUUGUUCCUUGAUGAACCGACAAGCGGUCUAGAUUCUCAAAGUGCAUGGUCCAUCUGUGCCUUUCUCCGCAAACUCGCCAAUAACGGACAAGCAGUUCUGGGGGGAAAGCCUGUCUACUUUGGCGAGAUCGGGGAGCAGUCCCGGACACUGCUGGGCUAUUUCGAGCGUAACGGAGCAAGGCCGUGUGUCCCAUCCGAAAAUCCCGCUGAGUAUAUGUUGGAAAUUAUUGGCGCAGGUGCAUCUGGCCAUGCGACUAGAGACUGGCCAGUCGUAUGGAAAGAAAGCCCCGAGGCCCGCCAAGUGGAAGCGGAGUUAGAUCGCAUCCAUGCUACAGCAUCGGUUCCUAAUGGUGGCGCUGCAAUGAUCAACGAAGAUGCAGAUGACCAAGAAGAAUAUGCCAUGCCGCUCAACGCUCAGUUGUGGUGGGUUACCCGCCGCGUAUUUCAACAGUACUGGCGUGAGCCAGCCUACAUCGGAGCAAAGUUCAUGCUCGGCGUCGUUUCGGCUUUGUUCAUCGGAUUUUCCUACUUCAUUCCAGGACAGUCCAUCCAGGGCAUACAGAACCGCCUUUUUAGUUCCUUCAUGUUGACUUCAAUUUUCUCCACCUUGGUUCAACAAAUAAUGCCCAAGUUCGUCACUCAGCGAUCUCUGUACGAGGUGCGGGAACGACCAUCCAAAACAUACUCAUGGGUGGCAUUUGUCGUCUCCAAUAUCGUUGUGGAAAUUCCCUACCAGAUUUUCCUCGGAAUCUUAGUAUGGGCGAGCUACUACUAUCCCAUUUACGGGGCGAACCAAAGCUCAGAUAAGCAGGGCCUUAUGCUGAUUCUUGUGGUUCAAUUCUUCCUUUUCACCUCAACUUACGCAGAUCUGGUGAUCUCCGCUUUGCCAGAUGCCGAAACUGCAGGAACUGUUGCAACAUUGUCGUUUGCCCUUAUUCUCACAUUCAAUGGUGUUAUGCAAAGUCCAACCGCCCUUCCUGGAUUCUGGAUUUUCAUGUAUCGUGUCUCGCCUCUGACAUAUUUGAUCGCGGGAAUGUGUGGUAAUGCACUUCAUGGACAGCCGAUCCGGUGCUCUAGCAGAGAGCUCAGUGUAUUCUCACCACCUCAAGGCCAGACUUGUGGCCAAUACCUUGCGGAUUGGUUGAGUGUAUCACCAGGUCAACUCUACAACCCUUCUGCCGUGACAGGGUGUGAAUUUUGCGCUUUCAACACCGCAGACCAGUAUCUGUCUCUAAGCAAGAUAUACUACAGCCAACGCUGGCGCAACUUUGCAAUCGGCUGGGCUUACAUUGGGUUUAACGUUGCAGGAGCUAUAUUCUUGUACUACAUUUUCCGUGUUCGCCACUACAAGCCAAGGUUGCUUCCGUGGGUUGUGACCGCCUGCGGACAGGCAUUACAUAGACUAUUCAGAAGAAGAUCGGGAACAGUGCCUCAAGGGAAGAAGGCUGAAAACAACCGGGUCCUCUGA